UUUGGUCAUACGAUGUUUUCAAAAAUCACGCGAGUAUUGUUUUUGUUUUGAUAUUUCAAUUUUUCUGUCUGGGAAACGAAAAUAUCUUCAAGGCUUUUAUUUAAAUUUAAUAUUGUAUUUAGUAUACAAAUUCUAAAACCAUGGAUCCUGCAUUGCUUCGUGAACGGGAGGCCUUCAAGCGACGGGCUAUGGCUACGCCAACCGUCGAGAAGAAGGCCCGUACCGAACCUAGCUAUGCCGCCCCGAAGGACAUCAAAAAACCGAGACCAUCGGUUGCCCCUCCUAAAAUCGAUGCCAACAACUACAAGACAAUGUCUGGUAGUUCCCAGUAUCGCUUUGGAGUACUUGCCAAAAUUGUAAAACACAUGCGAUCGCGUCAUCAGGAGGGGGAAGAUCAUCCACUCACUCUGGAAGAUAUUCUGGAUGAAACCAAUCAAUUAGACAUAGGCUCCAGCGUGAAGUCGUGGCUCCAAACCGAGGCCUUGAGGAACAAUCCCAAGAUUGAUGUAACGCCGGAGGGUCGCUACGUGUUUAAAGCGGUGUUCAAGAUUAAGGACGGCAAAAGUCUGAUGCGAUUAUUGAAGCAGCACGAUCUGAAAGGACUGGGAGGGGUGCUGUUGGACGAUGUUCAGGAAUCGCUUCCGCACUGUGAAAAAGUGCUAAAAAAUCGCGCCUCGGAAAUAGUCUUCAUCACGCGACCGAACGAUAAAAAGAAGGUGCUGUUCUACAACGACCGGUCGGCGAACUUCCAGAUCGAUGAGGAUUUUCAGAAGUUGUGGCGUGCCGUAACAGUGGACGCGAUGGACGAUGCCAAAAUCGAUGAAUAUUUGGAGAAGCAGGGCAUCCGGUCGAUGCAGGACCACGGUCCGAAGAAGCCGAUCAUUCCGAAGCGUAAGAAGGCGCAAGCCAAGAAGCGGCAGUUCAAGAAGCCGAGGGAUAACGAGCAUUUGGCCGAUGUGCUGGAGACGUACGAGGAUAAUACGCUGACGCAAUCGAAUGCGGUGCAGGAGAUUAAGCAGAAGAACUGAACAUGGGUUGGUUUGAAUGGCAGAAACUGUGAUUCUUGACUGAAUAAAUUGGUAUAUUUUGAAUGCGUGACACAAAAAAUAGAGUAUUGUAGAACAGCUGAAAUUCUUAAACUUUUGAUGAUUUAUACUGUGCCCAGUAUGCUGCAUCGUAGUGGCAUUUAUU